GAUUAAAGUGUAUACAAAUACUGUAGAUUUGUAUUUUUUUAUACAAAAUUAUUUAAAAGAAAAAUUAAUGAAAUAAUAUUUGAAUUACAACAAUAAUGGUUUCAAUUUGUUGUAAACAAUGGUGCGUAUUUGGAACGGGUACAUUUUUUGUAUUAGCUGCUGGUAUUUUAUUAAUAAUAUGGCCUAGUAUAUUUCGUUCAAUAAUUAAAGAUGAACUGGUCUUGACAAAUAAUUCUCGCUCGUUUGAUAUGUGGAAAGAAACGCCAAUACCAAUGUACUUAGAAAUAUAUUUAUUUAAUUUUUCAAAUUAUGCUGAAUUUAAAAUGGAUAGAAAAAAAAUAAAACCAUAUUUUCAAGAAUGUGGACCAUAUAUAUUUAGUGAAAAACAUUUUAAAACAAAUUUAACAUGGAAUAACAACAAUGAUACAAUUACAUUCAUGCAAAAUCGAAUAUGGCAAUUUGAAGCAGAUAUGUCGAAUGGAACAUUAGAAGAUAAAAUUACCAAUAUUAAUGUUAUCACUGCUACUGUAGCAUAUAAUUUACGAUUCAAACAUAUCCUAAUAAGGCAUGCAGUUGACUUUUUGUUACGUGAAAAGAAAGAAUUGCUGGUAAUUACAAAGACACCUAGAGAAUUACUAUUUGAUGGCUACGAUGAUCCUAUAAUUGACAUGAUGGAAGAUUUGAAUGUUACUACUUUUAAUAUACCUUAUAAUAAAUUUGGAUGGUUUUAUCCGCGCAACGACAGUUCGUCAUAUGAUGGAGUAUUUAAUAUGCAUACCGGUGUGGAUAAAUUAAAAAAUUUAGGAAAGUUAUAUUCAUGGAAUUAUCAAAAUGAGACGAAAUUUUAUGAAAAAAAUUCAGUGUGUAAUAUGAUAAAUGGUACUACUGGAGAAAUUUGGCCCCCAUUUGGGAAAGCUAAACAAUUGACUUUGUUUAUAAGUGAUUUUUGCAGAUCAGUAACACUUAAUUAUGCUGAAAACUAUGAUAAACAUGGUUUAGUUGGCCGGAAAUAUAUAGGUACUGAAAGUGUUUUUGAUAACGGAACAGCUUAUCCAGAAGCUAGCUGUUUUUCAAAUGGUGAAAUACUUCCAAGUGGCGUGUUGAAUGUAUCAUUAUGUCGUAUGGGAGCACCAGCAUUUGUAUCUUAUCCACAUUUUUACUUAGCUGAUCCUGUGUAUCGAUCUAACAUCGAUGGAAUGAAACCAAAUAAAAGUUUACAUGAAAUGUUUAUGGCUUUAGAACCGAAUACGGGAUUACCAUUAGAAGUACGAGCCCAACUACAAAUUAAUAUAAUGAUACAGGACUAUGAAGGAAUAUCUUUAUUCAAAGAUCUUCAACGAACAUUUGUGCCAAUGAUGUGGUUCCGACAAACAGCUGAAUUAACUGGCGAAUUAGCAGAUGAAGCGAAAACAGUCGUAUUAAUACCAAUGAUAGGUAAUUACACGUUUUAUGGUUUUGGUGGAAUUGGAUUCUUGAUCAUUGCCAUUGGAUUGUACCUAUCAUUGAGUGGUGCAUGGAUGAAAAAAGAUGAACUAUUAAUUAAACCAAACGAUGAUUCGACAUCACAUCAUGAAGAAUACACACCUUAUCAUAGUAGUUAACAUAUAAUUAAUGUAUUUUAUAAAAUAUUGAAAUUUUAUAGGGUGACAAACAAAAAAAUAUGACGAAAAAAUA